AUGGGAAGAAUGAGGAUGGAAGAGCAGUGGUGGAAAGGAGAGCUGGCAGCAGACAUUCAUCAAACUCUGAGAAUGAAGGAACUGAAACUGCCUGUCUAUAAGGCCCAUUCACCACAGAUUGGGAUGCGCCGCUACUUUACUGACCUCUUGACUGUCCUCAGCAGCCGCUGCAAUCUCUGCCCUACGGCACGGCACCUUGCUGUCUACUUACUGGACCUCUUUAUGGAUCACUACGAUAUUACUGUCAAGCAACUGCAUGUCAUUUCGAUUGCCUGCCUUCUCCUAGCAAGCAAAUUUGAAGAAAAGGAGGAUCGCGUUCCAAAGCUGGAGCAGUUAAAUAACUUGGCUUACAUGUGCAAUGUGAACGUGGUGCUAAACAAAAAAGACCUGCUCAAGAUGGAACUACUACUCUUGGAAAACUUCAACUGGAAUCUCUGCCUGCCGACUCCAGCACACUACAUUGACUACUACCUCUUCGCCUCUGUUGGCGAGAAGGACCUUCACAAUGGCUGGCCCAUCACAUCCCUGACCAAAGUCAAAGCUUUCAUGGAAAAAUAUGCUUACUACUUCCUUGAUUUCUCAGUACAAGAUUAUGCUUUCCUCAACUUUCGACCAUCUCUGAUUGCUGCUGCUUGUGUGUGCGCCUCACGCAUCUGUAUGCAGAUUUCUCCCUCCUGGACCACACAGCUCCAGCUGCUAACGUGUUAUUCCUGGGAGCAUCUUACCCAAUGUAUCGAAAUGAUGCUAAUAUAUUAUGAGAAUGAUGUCAAAGAAGCCAGCAAGGUGAAAAAACAAAUAACAUUGCAGCAGCAAGUAGUGGGAAGUGUGAACCACCAAACCACAACUCAGGUCCUGUUUCAGCAAUCCAGUUAUCACCCACUAGCCCAGCACUCAACUGCCCUUUCCCAGUUCCAGUCUCCAGUGCAGGAUUUGUGCUCUGCUUACCGUGACUCCUUGCAGGCCCACAGGCCCAGCAGCCUACUCUCUGGGAGUGCUAGCACCUCACUGCAUUCUUACUCUGCUCUGCAGGCCAGCCUUCAACCUUCUGUGCAGACUCUGCCCAUCCAAGGACCUAUCACGAUGCAGGUAGCUAUAGCAACAGAACCUAGACACUGCAUCUCCAUGGCCUAUGGCAGCAGCUAUUUCAGUGGACAUCACACCUACACAGCCAGGUGUUUUGACAGAUGA